AUGUCUAAAAAACCAAUUCUUUACUCAUAUUACAGGUCGUCUUGUACUUGGAGAGUUCGAACAUGUUUGAACUGGAAAGGAAUCGAUUAUGAAACUCGUUUUGUUGAUUUAUUGAAAGAUGAACAUGCACUCGUUCCAACUUUAGAAAUUGAUGAUGUUGUAUUAAGUCAAUCAGUUGCAAUACUUGAAUAUCUGGAAGAAAUACGUCCAGAAAAACCAUUAUUGCCCAAAGAUCCAUAUAAAAGGGCUCUGGUUCGAUCUUUAGUUCAAGCAAUUGCUGGCGAUAUUCAACCACUACAAAAUCUGAGUGUUUUAAAAUACCUUGAACGUUCUGGCGCUAAUAAAAACGAGUGGAUUAAGUUUUGCAUUUGCAAGGGUUUUGAUGGCGUUGAGAAACAACUUGAAAAAACACAAGGUAAAUAUUGUGUUGGAGAUGAAGUCACUUUAGCGGAUGUUUGCCUCUUACCACAAGUUUAUAAUGCCCGGAGAUAUGAGAUUGACCUUACAAAUUAUCCUCGAAUCCAAAAAAUUGCGGAUAAUUUGUCUAAAUUGGAAGCUUUUAAGAAAGCUCAUCCGCAUAAUCAAGAUGAUUGUCCUGUUGAAUUGAGAGAUACGAAUUAA